AUGGCCCCAUAAAUAAGGUGUAGAAAAAAGGGAGCGCCAACACUUGCCGUUCAACGAAGGUUCUCCUUUUGUUUUCUUUUCUUUUAUUUUGUCCACUUCCUCACGAGCGAAACUCCCGAAUAGGGGGAAGACGAAAUUUACGCGGCACGCGGCUCUUCAGUCCACUCUGUCACGCUGUCCCCGGGACGCGCGCGCGCGCUUCCCGUACCUCUCUCCUUUAUUCUUCGUCCCGCGACGUCUCGAAGGCUCGCGAGCACUUUCCACACGCUUUUAAUUAUUAUCAUUCUAUAUACUUAAUCUCAGCACAACAAGAAUGGUCAUGGGAUCGACAGAGACACAGUGGCGUCAGGCAGAGCUCCCGCAGCUACAGGGCUGGGCAGAGAAGGGAUUGCUGACACAGCCAAAGAUGAUAAUUAGCAACAUAGAGCCUCAGGUCACAAACGGGCCGAACACCACCACAGCCAACGGGCCAUCAAGCAACAGCCGCAGCUGCCCUUCCCCCAUGCAGACUGGCGGUUCCACCGACGACAGCAAAACUAACCUCAUUGUCAACUACCUGCCCCAGAACAUGACCCAGGAAGAGUUCCGCAGCCUGUUUGGGAGCAUCGGGGAGAUCGAAUCCUGCAAGCUGGUGCGGGACAAGAUCACAGGACAGAGUUUGGGCUACGGCUUUGUCAACUACAUAGACCCAAAGGAUGCAGAAAAAGCCAUCAACACAUUAAAUGGACUCAGACUUCAAACCAAAACCAUCAAGGUGUCAUAUGCACGGCCCAGCUCAGCCUCCAUUCGGGAUGCCAACCUCUAUGUUAGCGGCCUUCCCAAGACGAUGACCCAAAAGGAGCUGGAGCAACUGUUCUCUCAGUAUGGCCGCAUCAUCACGUCUCGCAUCUUGGUGGACCAGGUCACAGGCCCCUCAGGCGGCUCGCGGGGCGUGGGGUUCAUCCGCUUUGAUAAGAGGAUAGAGGCGGAGGAGGCCAUCAAGGGGCUCAACGGACAGAAGCCCUCGGGGGCGGCCGAGCCCAUCACAGUCAAGUUCGCCAAUAACCCCAGCCAGAAGACUAGCCAGGCUCUGCUCUCCCAGCUGUACCAGUCCCCCAAUCGCCGAUACCCAGGACCGCUGCACCACCAAGCCCAGAGGUUCAGGCUGGACAAUUUGCUUAAUAUGGCCUAUGGCGUAAAGAGGUUCUCCCCCAUAACCAUUGACAGCAUGACCAGCCUAGUGGGCAUGAACAUCCCUGGCCACACAGGGACAGGCUGGUGCAUCUUUGUCUACAACCUGUCCCCCGAUUCAGACGAGAGCGUCCUGUGGCAGCUGUUUGGGCCCUUCGGGGCCGUCAACAAUGUCAAGGUUAUCCGCGACUUCAACACCAACAAGUGCAAGGGCUUCGGCUUCGUAACCAUGACGAACUACGACGAGGCGGCCAUGGCCAUCGCAAGCCUGAAUGGGUACCGAUUGGGUGACCGCGUCUUGCAAGUUUCCUUCAAAACCAACAAAACCCACAAAUCCUGAACCCCACAGAUCAUAAAAGAAAAACCCAUUCACUACCACUACCACCACCCAACAGCCGCCCAACACUGCAACUUCAAACAGGAGAUCAAACAGCAAACCGAACUGAAAAUGGCUUAUAAUAUAACUUUGGACCUAUAAGCCAACGUUGCCUAAGUAUUACAAAAUUUAAAAGAGAAAAAAAUUGUCACGAUUUGGAAAACCUGUAGUACUGCAGGCUUUCUGUUGUAUAUUUUUGAGUUGUUGCUGUUGUUUUGUUUUUCUCUUCUCUGUAUACAGUAGCAAAACCAGUUCCCCAUAUUUCAAAGAAGAGAAUGUCCUUUUCUUAAAAUUCUAUUUUUUUGCUCUUGAUUUAUUUUUUAAAUCCGGAUCCACUGUCCUUAGAAUAAUGCCUCCCUUGGAAACGUAGGGAGGGGGCUCUUUUUAAAAUAAGUGACCGUUCAUUCAUUUUCCGUGGUAUAUGAGUACCCCCAUUUAAAGUAGAAGGGAUAAAGCAAACAUUUUUGCUCUGAUGCAGAAAAUAAAGAAUUUCUAGCAUUUUUUGCUUUGUAUUACAAACAAAAACACAUGUCUUUCCUCACUGGGGACUGGGAGAAGGGGAGAGGGAAGGGAUGGGUGCACUUUCCUGAUGACAUGAUACGUCAAGUGAUUUAAAAAAAAAAACACUGUUGCCAAAGAGAAAA